AUGGAAGACAGCACCGCUGAUGCAGCCGAUGCGGGCGAUCAAGCACCAGAGUUCUCGUCACCGCUUUCGUCGUCCAUUCUGCAUCCCUCCGACAUCUCCCCUCCGCGCCCUAUGUGCUGGCUCCGCCAACGAGCCGUGCUGGAAGAAUAUCUCAAUGGCGAGCCCUUCCCCGACGUCGUAAGCACAUUCGGAGCGCACCUGGUUACCCGGCCGAGCAGCCCAGAAGGCGGAUCCGCUACGCCCGUAGAUGCCAACAGCUUGCGUCUAUUGCUUGAAUCCGCCCUCACUUGCCACGAAAUCCGCAUUAAAAAAUACGGACGCGACAUCGCGGACAACUGGCGAUAUUCAUACACACCGGUUGAAGCCCGCCAACGGUAUUAUGAAGCCCACCUCAAGGCUAUAGCGGAGAUCGACAAAUUGAUUCAGGAGGAGCAGGAAGAAGUGGAGGAGGAGGAACGUCGCAGAGCUCUAGAGGCGCAUGAAAAGGUUGCUCGGGAGGAGGUUGUCGACAACACAGCAACGAGCAUGCUGCACUCUCUGCCCACCCCAAAGGACGACGCGGAUACCGUCUGUGAAGACAAGCAUCCACAACAACUACCGCAGGCCACUGAAGCGCUAGAUCAGACGCCAACCGCUACUGUCGCCAGCCCUCUGUCUCCGCAGAGCCAACCGAGCAAGCGACGAAGGUUGACACCCGAAGAUGAGGACACAAGGAAUUGCACUAAGUGCCAGCACCUUCCGCCAGAAAUGGCAGCAGAGAAUGCGUUGGAGAGCGAGGGGAUGCUUGAAAAGGCCGAUAACUCUACCGAGAAGAACGAGGCUUGUAGGAAAUACAAGAAGCGGAGGAUUGCAGAAAACAUCGGUGUCUGCUAG